AUGGCCACUGUGGAAUUUGCCUUGCGCCCUGGAUAUCCAUCUGAAGACCCCGAACUCUCCAGCGAAAGACAUGAUAACGCCCAGACGCGCCCGGUCGGGAUGUACAAUAUUCGCGAUGACACAACGUUCAUGGAAUGGAAAUGGAAGAUUUACUUGACAUCUACUCUGUACUCCGGACUCCAAUAUAACAUGUGA